AUGCGAUCUUGCGAGAAGGUGCAGCACGAGCAGACAUAGGGGCACAACCAGCAACGGCAGAGACAGCAGCGCAAGCUACGAACUUUCUGCAGAUGGCACUCAGAGCGGCCUGGAGUGCAGCAACGCCAGCAGCAAUUGCAGCGCACGCAGAAGAGGGGAGGAGAUUUCGAACAGAAGCAAGAGAAACAGGAUCAGCAACCGCCACAGCAAGGGCCCCUCCGCUGGGUGCUUCGGCCUCCUCCAGAUCAUUUGGUUAAUCUCUUAGAGCGCGAGGCGUUUCGCUGCUGCUGCAGUAGCUGCUGCUCUGCUGCCCCCCAGCUGCGGCAGCUGCACCCCUUGAUUUCGCAUUCCUCACUGCAGAAAAAUGCUGCGCAGCACUCAUCGGGGAGUGAAGCAGACGCGGCUGCUGCGUUUGGUGUCGAUCUCUCAAGACACGCUGCCGCAGCUGCGGCUCACGGCGAGGAUCAGCAGCAGCAGCAGUUCCCAAGGCGGCUUCUUGCGAGCAGCAGAAGUCGCAGAGUCAGUCACCCCCAUGCUGCACCCUCUCCUCCUUAUGUCUCUGAAGAAGCGGGUGCAAUGAGAACCGCUGCCUCGGCAUGGGUGUCACCCACAGUAAUUCUCACCACAAAAACGUCGGAAACAACUGCGCUGGAGAAGGGAGGCUGGGAGGAGGAAGAGGCCAGAGUGCACCGUGCUAAUGCGGCUUACGAGUCUACCGCGACAGCAGCGGCAGCAGCCUCAACAGCAACGAUAGUCUCAACAACGAGCAUAGGACCCUCUUCGCCAACACUGCACUCCCCGUGUGACUGCGAAACCUCUAGGCAGGACGGGGGCAGUGGCGCAGUGGCAGCAUGGCAGGGAUACCUGCUGAUCAAAAAACUCAAUUUUAUACUGAGGCAUGGUGCGUCGCUUUUCCGCCUGCCUAUGCGAGAAGACGGCUUCGUGAGAGUCAGAGAGCUCCUUGCACUCCCGUGCAUGCGCGCUGUUUCCUGGACGGAUCUGCAAAAUGCUGUGUCUGCGAAUUUCAAGCAGCGGUAUGAGCUUUUGUACGACGAAGAGGAGACGGAGACGUGCCCAGCUCUCAGCAGGACGCACCAACAGCAGCAGAUAGGGCUGACGUACGGAGAGGCAGGAGGCGUGGCGUGCUGGCAUCAGAUGGGUGUACGUACAGCUGAAAAGGCGAGCCAGUGCUGCAGCAGGAGCAAGGAGGAAGACGGCAGCGUUAGCAGCUCGUCAGCUGCAGCGCAUGGCGAUUCAGGCGCGCUGUCUCGCUGUAGCAGCAGCAGCAACUGCAGCACAAAGAUAUGCGACUCGCUUGCAUGCGCAGAUCGCAGCGCUUCCGCCGCAGCGAGGAAAGUCGAGAUCCUGAGUGGCAAGUGGCUGCUUAGAGCAACGCAAGGUCACACCAUCCCUUUCAUUCGCAGCGAUUUGUUCAUGCAGCGUGUAGAACGUGGCGAGGAGUUGCCGGUAUGUGUGCAUGGCACAUAUCUGAGAAAUUGGAUGGCAAUACGCCGCUUAGGCCUCCACAGGAUGCACCGGAACCACAUUCACUUUGCCACGGGAUUUCCCGGAGAUGCCUCGGUUCUUAGUGGCAUGCGGCGAAAUUCGGAGGUUGCAGUGUACAUUGACGUGAAGCGGGCGAUGCAAGCGGGCGUCGUAUUCUUCAGAUCUGCAAAUGGGGUCGUCUUGACGGAGGGGCUUGAAGGCAAAAUACCUUCUUGGUUGUUUGACAGGGUCGUGUGGCUCCGCGAGGGCGUGUAUCUGAUGAAGGCUGGAGAUGACUUAACCGGCCACUACUUGGACAGAAUUCCUGGGGAGUUACAACAGGCGUCGGAGUCUGCAAUCUUUAAGGAGCAGCUGCAGCACGAUUUGGGUGUGCUGCAGCUUUCCCCGUAUGCUGCUCCAACAUGCGGUCUUGUCAGCAGACACCACAGCCCUGAUGGAUGUGUGCUCCAGAGGGCCCUACCGUUACAGACUACCCCGCAGCCUCACGUGAGGGAGGCUUUGCGUGCGGAUUCGAGGAGGCAGCCCAUUGCAGACGAAGUAGCAGCUCUGCCAGAGGCUGAGCAGUGA